AUGCGGAUGCCCGGUUGUGCCGCUGGUAGCUGGGCUGACUUCGUAAUCUUCGUGUUCGGAUGCGGCGGGAGCAGGAAGGAGGUGGCCGCAGUGCACGGCCGGUCGGCGGCGGAGCGGCCAGCAGCAACAGGCGAUGCCUUUGACCCGGCGAAGCCACCGCUCCUGCUGCAGCAGGGAGAUCUCAGCCGUGGGGUGUUUUUUUUCGCGGCGGGCAGCGGCGGCGGCAGCGGCGGUAGUGUUACUACGACUCCCUCAAGGGAUUCCGAUGACGCUUGUUCGGGCAGGGGUAGCGCGGCGGGCGGCUUUGGCGCCAGCAGCAACGAGACUUCUUCGCGCCAACAUAGCAGCAGCAGCACAGCGGUGGUAGCGUUGGGGAAGAUUGAACCGAUUUUCUGCACGACGAACGAGGCGGCGGUGGGCAUAGCACGAAACAACAGCCAUCACAAAAUAGUAGACGGCGGGAAGAAGAGCAUUCCUAAGGAGGCGGAAGGGCCUCGUACACGAGAAGGGGGGGCGCUGGCUCUGGAGGGGGAAACAGGAGGGGAUAAGAGCAUCAGCUCUGGACAACAACAGCCGAAGGAGGGGCAGCAUCAACAGCUGCGGCAGCGGCGGGCGAAGCCGUCCUACAGACGAAGCAGCUCAGCGGUUCCGCGCACGGCUGCGGCGUUCGGGAAGGCUGCCAUCGCACCGCGUCGUCACUCAGUCGAUUCCGCCGAAAGUCCAGCAUUGCAGGCAACGUCGUCGUCGGUGACCCCUCUGGAGCAGAACAAGCAGCUGGUCCGACACCUCAGCAACAGCAGGAGCUUCGGCAGCCUCGGCAGCUUCAACACCGCGGGCGAGGGCGAUUACUCCGUCAGGAACAGCGCCUUCACGAGGACGCCCGGCCUCAGGCGGAAAAGGGUGGAAAGGGUGGUGAUUCUCGCCGCCGACAUGGCGGAGCAAAUGCAGGAGGACGCAAAGGAGAGCACCGCUCGCGCGAUGGAAGAGUCUGGGGACCACGAGGACAUCGCCGCGUACAUCAAGAAGGACUUCGAUGAGCGGCACGGUGGGUGUCCUCGUUUUACCGUACAUGCCGUAGUCGUGAGACCAUUGACGUCUAACCUACUUUUUGUAAGGUAGGCAUUUUUUUUUUUUUUUGUUCUUCACUUCAAAUCAGCGCUCACAGCACUAGUUCCGUUUAUUCCAACCCGUGGUCACACAGAAGAGCCUCUCUCUACCCUCCCCUCCUGCGGUACUUCGUCUUCAAUUUUUAAUGCGAGAAGAGUUCAGCACUCUCUUCCCUCUGUGUACACACGAACUAGCGCUAUCCACUUGGCCAGGAGCGUUCGUCCG